UCCUGCUCCGGCGGAGACGGGCAAAAGGCGGAGGAGGAGCAUCGGGGCGCACAGUCAACACCGAGCAGCACAGAGCGGCACCGCCGAUCACCGGACACCUCACCGCCGAUCACCGGACACCGACAGCAGCCCGCGGCGGAGGGACACGCUGCACGUAAAGAGUCAACAGAGAAAGGGACGGCGGAGGCAAGUGGAGAGGAUAAUUGCAUUUCUGGCUGCCCUGUGGGAUCAUGGGAUAUAUGACCUCAUCAUUCACCUUUGAGGCUUGCUAACAAACAGCACCAGAUAGAAUGACAGAAAUUCUGGACAAUUCAGAUGUCGCUGACAUGACGCCAUGUGGUGUCACUGAGCUGUCCUCCCCGUCGCCAAUACUCACUAAACAGGACGAGGGGGAGUGUCCAUAUGAAUGUAAGAAGUUCAACUCCAAUAAACACUGUAACCAGGUGCAACCAAAGAAAAAAGUCAAGGCCAAAGGGAAGUUGAUGCGGAGUGCAGCUGUUUGUGAGGAGUCACCCCCAGUUGAAGAGAGAAUUUCAGAGGACAAUAUCUCUUGCAGCACUGACAAUGACAAAAGUUUGUGCAAAUCGGAUGACCAAGAUCCAAAGAAAUGCUCACUGUCCAAAGAAGAAACGGGUGCAGAGUACACAGACUCCACGGGUAUAGACCUACACCAGUUCAUUGUUGAUACACUAAACAGCAAUCCCAGGGAGCGCAUGAUGCUGCUUAAACUGGAGCAGGAUAUGAUCAACUUCAUCACCAGCAAUAGCCCCUUUAAGAGGUUUCCCCCCAUGUCGUCUUACCACCGCAUGCUGGUUCAUCGGGUGGCAGCCUACUUUGGCAUGGAGCACAAUGUCGACCAGACUGGCAAAUGUAUCAUAAUUAACAAGACCAGCAGCACACGCAUACCAGAACACCGCUUUUUGGAUGAAGUACAAGAAGACAAGCGGGACGAAAUGCACAGAUGGAAGGUUAUUUUGAAGCGAGACAGCAGCUUAGAUGACCAGACACAGCCUCGGUUUCACCCGUUACGAGAAAGGCAAAGUAAGUCAAUGGAGGAGCGAGAAGAGGAGUACCAAAGAGUUCGAGACAGAAUUUUCAACCAAUUUCCAAAUGUCAACCCAGAGCCACAGAGCACCCAGGAGACCGCCCAUACAGAAACCAGGGCUGUGGAGGAGUACAAUCCAUAUGCAGAGACCCAGAGGAGAAGGCAGCUCUUCAGAGGAAGCCGUGACAAUUCGGGCUCCAGCUGGACUGGCAGCAGCAGACAAAGCAGCUUUGACACCGACUGUCGCUAUAGCAGCGACCCUCGACCUUGGAGCAGCACCGACUCUGAUUCCUCCUACCAGUGGUCAAGCUCCACCACCAAACCUCGGCAAACGGCCAACAGCAGCUGGGACACACAUGGCUCCAUCACUCUUGUCAGACUUCCUCCCAGUGGUCAACACCCCUCUCCCCCUCCCUUCAUGGAGGAACAAGCUCCAAACACAACCUUUGUUAUGGAGAACGGAAUACCUCCAGGAAGCAUCUUGGUCAACCCUCACACUGGACAACCUUUUCUCAACCCAGAUGGGACCCCCGCAGUCUACAACCCUCCUGACAGCCAGCAGCCAAUCAGGAGCCAGGCACAGCUCCAGGGCUCAGCUCCCCAACAGCAGAUGCUGCAGUACUCGUCUGUCUCAUACACAACUCCACAGAUGUUACCUGUCACACCGUCACAGCCCUACUCCUCCACCAUUGAAGACCUCUCCUCUCAGUUUGCUCAUGCGUCUGUGAACUGUCAGUCAAACACUGAAGCCCCAUCGAUGUACCCUCCCAGUCAGGGAUAUGUCUAUGCAGCACCGCCUCCUCCACUGCUCCCUACCCCACCCAACUACUGCCAGCCUUCACCUCAGGUGCCUGUUUAUUAUUAUGGCCAGUACCCUACCUCAUCCCAGCACAGUUGCCGCCCUGGCUCUCCUGGCCCCCACAUUGUAGGCCAAACUGCACAUCCAACAGCUGGCUAUGCCCCCACAGUGGGGGUGCAGCAGACUGCCCCGGCCCAGACAGUGAUGGGGAGCUACACCUCAAUGGCCUCUCGUCACUGUGCGCUGAUUCAGGGAGGCGUGCCAGUGUCAUAUCCCCAAAGUAAAGUAAUGGGUACAGAGGGAGGGUACUGCUGUGUGCCUCCACCACCCCACCAUGGAACCUGCCACCCCUCUUCCUGCACCAACCUGACCGCCUCAACCUGGAGCGCGCAGUACUGAUGAAUAAACUAUACACACGAAGGCACCUUUUUUAUUGUUUCCUCUUCUUCUUGAGGUUGCUUACAGGGUUUACCGCUAACACAUCAAGCUUGUACCAGAGAAAGAUAGACCCACGCACACACUGUACCAAAGCUUAGAGUAUAUUUAAGAGCUGCUGUAUUGGAUGCAUUAUUUAUAAUCACAAAUGGAGUUUUAUAUUGAUAUUAAAUUAUAUAUUGUGUUUUAAGGAAAUGCACUGUGUGAAUAGAAUAAAGUGCUGUGGCUGAACUGACAACCACAUUUAUAUAUCA